AUGGCGUCUGGAGUGUUGCCUGAAGAUCCUCCAACAGAGGCUGCUGUCUCCUUCGCUGCUGCCGUAGGUGAGGCUUUCGUCACAUCUGGUCCAGUGACCUCCAGUACUCUUCGCAGCCCUGGCGCCCUGAGCAUCCAGGCCCCAGUUGCUGCGUGCUCGAGAGCACCGGAGUCGGCGCCCCUAUUGAAGGCUGGCGCCUCGCUUGCUCUUCUCGGUCUGGCAGCCUUUGGCCUGCGCCCCAAGCGGCGGGCAGCGAAGACUCACGUUGUGGAGCUGGCAUGCUGUCGCUCUUCAACAAUCUUCGAACCACCCCGGAUGGUGCAAAAUGUGGCUGCGCACGAGGAGAUCACCAUGGUCACGGACCUGAUUGAUCUGAGCCAGAGUCCAGCGGUGGAAUCUGGAUCAGAAUGCGCUCAGCGACCGGAGGUGUCGCUGAAUUCAAGUUGCAUCCCAAGGGCAACUCCGCGAGCGGCCCGCUGUGUAGGCGGCCAUCGAUUCGCCGGUGCCCGCCGUGGUCGUCCACAGGCCCACGCUGGCCGCAGCGCGCGGCGCGCGGUUGGCGAACGCCUGAUGGAGCGCCCCCCGCCUGCGGUGGUGCCACCAUCGUUUGAUGCGAGUUCUCUGCGCUCCAAGAUCCAGCAGGGGCUUCGCAUUCCCCAGUCGCUGCGUUGCGGCGCCCGCUCAAGCCACGCAACGCAUGUUUGCGGCUCCCGAACACGCGGCAGCAUCAUUGAAGUAGAACAUGUUCUACAACAAGCAUAUGACAACUGUUUCGGACCAGCAAUCACAAAGAUGCUCUCGUGCCUGAAUGGGUUUCAAGCUCCUUGCUUGGCCCCCUGCACGGUUCGUCGUUCGGGAGGCGAUGCAGUGUGGCCGUCGGGACGGGGGUGUGGGUGCGGGGGGCUGCGGUCCACCUGCAUCCAGGUGCACGCCCCCCUGAUGUCUCGAAGCGCAUGA